AUGACAUCUACAGCCAGGCUCGUCAGCCAUGGUGCAACCCGGCGCAGUAUCUUGAGCGCCCGAAUCCACCAUACUUCGUCUUUCGCCUCUCUUUCCAGAUCACACCACCCGGUCAUUUCUCGAGAUCUUCCUCCACAUAUUCGCGCAUUAGCGAUUCUCGUACCGCGGAGGACAUACGCUACCGAGACGACUACUCACGGGAACGAUGGGGGUGCCUUUCCCCCUCCUGGCUUCAAUGUACAUGAAGCGAAGAAACCGCCUCCCCCAUCGAAGAAAACUAUCCAAUCUUCCUCCAAAGGUCUCGACGAACCGCCCAAUGAGCAGCACACAGUCAACAAGACGGAAGCUACCGCAGUUGACAAGACGAAGGCUUUGGAGGCCAUGACUCUGUCUGAGCUGGCUGAAACUAAGGCCUCUGCAAAGCCGGACGAAAAGGCCGCUGUAAAGAAGGAGGAGGAAAAGCGGCUGACGAUUGGCCAAAAAAUCAAAAAGGAGCUACAACACUAUUGGGAUGGCACCAAAUUGCUGGCAACUGAAGUCAAGAUCUCGUCAAAACUUGCUCUCAAGAUGGCUGCUGGGUACGAGCUCAGUCGUAGAGAAAAUCGACAGCUUAAACGUACUACGCAAGAUCUUGGACGCUUAGUCCCAUUUUCUGUUUUCGUCAUCGUCCCCUUCGCGGAAUUCCUUCUGCCAGUCGCGCUGAAGGUCUUCCCCAAUAUGCUUCCAUCAACAUAUGAAGGGCAGAAAUCUCGUGAAGCCAAAGCCGCACACCUUCGCAGUACUCGAAAACAAGUGUCUUCCUUCCUCCGUAACACACUCCGGGAGACAGGUCUCCCUGUUUCUGCGUCCGUCGCCCGAAAGGAUGAAUUCACCGAAUUUUUCCGCAAGGUUCGUGCUACAGGCGAAGCACCCACCCAACAAGAUGUCAUCAAAGUGUGCCAGACUUUCAAGGACGACCUUACUCUCGACAAUCUAUCAAGACCACAACUGGUUGGGAUGUGCAAAUACAUGAACCUUAAUACUUUCGGUACAGACGCAAUGCUACGCUACCAAAUCCGCCACCGAAUGCGCCAGAUCAAAAGAGACGACAAAGCUAUCUCCUAUGAAGGCGUCGACUCUCUUUCCGUCCCAGAACUCCAAAUGGCUUGCGCAAGCCGUGGCCUGAGGACACACGGCAUGAGCCCGUCCAAACUCCGAGAAGAUCUUCAGAUGUGGCUUGAUCUCCGUCUGAAAUACAACAUCCCCUCCACCCUCCUCGUCCUCAGCAAUGCCUACAUGUACACCUCCGGCAAGGACAGCGAGAUCUCCUCCCAGAUCGAUGCCCUCCAGGCUGUCUUAUCAUCCAUCCCCGAAGAACUCUUCCACGAAAUCGAGCUGGAGGUGCAUAACGCCGAGGGCGCAGCAACCAACAAACAAAGACUCGAGGUCUUGAAGGAGCAGCAGGAGUUGAUCGAGGAGGAGAAUGAACAACAGGAGACGAACAUGGAGAGUGGAAAGGAAGCGCCCAAGGAUGUGGAUGAUAUUGAUGAUAAGCCGGCGAUGAAAGCCGAAGAUGCGGCUACGAAUGAGAAGGCACCGGAAGCGGCGUCAGAGAAAGAGGCGAGAGAGGCGGAGGGGGAUGUGGAGGAGGCGGAUAGGACGGAGAAGGUCACCGAGGUAAAGGAGGAGGAGGUGGUGGUGGAGGAGAAGUCAAGGCAGAAAGCCUGA